ACUGAGAAGGCCUUCGAUACAUUGGGCCAGAUAACGAGCUAUGCUAGCGCUCAGCUCGGCGCUCAAUAUCACACCCACGUGUUCUCUGUCUUGAUCGUCCGCAAUCGCGCUCGCAUCAUCAGAUGGGACAGGGAGGGAGCUAUUGUUACGGACGCCUUCAAUUACAACGACCCACACUUAGCCGACUUCUUCUAUCAUUAUGCGCGAGCAUCGCCUGAGAUGCAUGGCGUUGAUACUUCUGUCACGCCCGCUAGCACCGAGGAUGCUGCUCUUGCAAGGGAGGCCUUGAAACUUCCCACCGCUACGCACAUGUUCAAAGUUGCAGUUCCUGAGGAUCCUGCUGUUGAGGACUCUGGCUGGUUGACGUUGAUUAUUCCCCAGCCUGUUGCAAAGGGUUUUCCACCUGUUGGCCGCUGGACUCGCACGUGCCCUGCAUUUGAUCUCCUGAACCAGAAGGUCGUAAUGUUCAAGGACUCGUGGCGCGUGUCGAUAAAGGAUGUCCUACCGGAAGGCGAAACUUAUAAAUUAUUAAAGUUACACAAAGUUCGCAAUGUCGCAACAUGCAUUGCAUUUCACGAUGUAAUCCACCCUAUCCCUCAGCAAAACACCCAGACUGCUAAGUUUGGAAGCGCCGAAUGGGCGUGUCCCAACAGGGAUGUCGCCAAGAAGCUCAUCACUCCGCAUACUCUUCACCGCCUGGUUCUUGAUAUUGUGGGCGAGAAGUUGAACGACUAUGCAAGAUCUCAUCAACUUGUCCAGUCUAUCCGCGAUGCGUUGUUUGCUCACAAGGAUGCGUACGAAAACGCAAAAAUCUUACAUCGAGACCUCAGUGUCGGGAAUAUCGUUAUCUACCGAGGAGUGGGCUUCCUUAUCGACUGGGACCUAGCAAAGUUGCUCACUAUUAGGGGUUCUCGACAAACGACUCGCACGGGAACCUGGCAGUUCAUGUCUGCUCACCUCGUCAAGAAUGGGACCGCCAUCCAUGCUGUUGAGGACGACCUCGAAUCGAGCUUCUACGUCGUUCUGUGGACGGCUUUGAUGUACGCGUCAAGCUACAUGAGCAUCGUUGACCGGACGCAAUUCAUCGCGCAUACCUUCGACGCUGAUCCGCUGCAGGGGUCUGGAGGAUCCGCGAAAUCCAAUUUCCUCGUCGCGAACACCAACCUCCCACAAGAUAUAUUUGUCGGCUGCAAGCCACUCGACAAUCUUGUCGUUGAACUCGCUCAAUUUUUCUCACAUAGAUACUCCAAGGUCCGCCCUGAAGACCGGGCGUCACUUGCGAAAUGGCAGAUUACACUGGAGAAUGCUUUGGCCGAAGGGGUGGAGGGGGAUGAACGCACGGCUGCAAAUCAAAUGGUGAUAGAUGUCGUACAAAACUUCGUGCUGGAGUCGCCUGCUUACAGGAAGGACAUGGGUAUGAAGCUCCUGCACUUGCACGACCCUGUCAUCCAGAUCUACAACAAGCACCUUGAGUCACCCGGUUGGCCUGACCAAGACGCGGCCAGACUGCAACCACUGCAACCGAGCGAGAAGGUAGCUGGGCGUCGCGUGUACACGAAGUCGCUUCUUGUCAUGCAGUACUCGACGCCAGUGCGGGUGCAAGUCACACCAACUGGCAAGAAACGUAGGCUAGAUCCUGAGGAUAGCGACAAGAUCCUCGAUCCGGUUGGUGGCUUUGAUAAUCUUUUGUCCUUAUGA